AUGGCGUCCCAAGCUCCACCUUCUGAUGCGGCUGCUGCUCCCACGGAUGCACCAGCAGCAGCGGCUGCAGAAGCACCAACUCAGACAACACCCAAUCGGAAUCAAGGCGGAGGCCGAGGAGGAGGACGUGGAAGAGGAGGAAAUCAAGGACGAGGAGGAAACCAGGCAAGAGGAAGAGGACGCGGACGUGGUGGGGGAGACGGAGGAAGAGGUGAUGGACCCGUCAGCAUUGCUCCAAAUACCGGUAUUCCAUAUGGUCAUGUUCCCGGUUAUUUGCCAGGAUCUUCCAGUCUGGUGGAGGAAUUGGAGAAGAGGAUUCUAAUCGUUUUGCGCGAUGGUCGCCAUAUAGUGGGUACUCUCCGCUCCUUCGAUCAGUACAGCAACUUGGUACUUGAUGAAUCAACAGAACGAAAGAUUCAUCGGCAUAAGGAUGGAACUGUCUAUUUCUCAGACGUUCCGAUGGGUUUAUACAUUGUAAGGGGAGACUCCAUCGUGUUGCUUGGUCAAGCUGCUCCAGAUGAUGGUAUGAAGAAGGUGGAGCCAGCAGAGUUGGAUGAGAUGAUCAAGGGAAGUGGCCAGGCCGCACUGGAGUGGGAUUUUGACAAAGAUCUACAAGCUUAG